AUGGAUUAUAUUGCUGACUUGAAAGAGGAAUGUGUGAAGCUGCGGACCCGUGUGUUUGACUUGGAGCAGCAAAACCGCAUACUGAGCGUGCUGUUUCAACAACGUGUCAAAAUGUCUGCGAUUCCUGUCUCCCAGGAGGUCCAAAGGAAUGGAAAAGCAGGUAUUCCUGCAGGAAGGUGGCCCAGCCUGCUGAGUCUAACAUGCCCACGCAGUAGUGGUAGCGGCAGUGGCAGUGAACUGUCACUAUCCAGUGCUUGUAGUGAGUACUCAAGUGGCUCCCACACUUGGGCUGAGGGACGUGGAUGCUCCAAGCAGUGCGCUGCAAGCCGAGACAAAAGGAUGAGCGCAGGUUCAGUAUCCAGCAAUCAUUCUGCACCCAUCGAGCAAACAGACCUGGGAUGGAAGGAAGGCCACAUUCUGAAAGGUCUGAAGCGUCUCCAAAUGUGCAGCUCCAAAGACGCAUCCUCACAUGCAUCUGUACCACACUGCAAAGAUUGUAUGACCUCCAAUGAGGGCAUAUACUCACUUGGUGUCAAGUGUGGCUUACAAGGGAGUACAGCCAAGCAAGUAGCCCCUACAAGUAAACCUUUCAAGGCCGGUGUAGGAAUUGCUGCCCUAGACUCUGAUGAUGCAUAUGAAGAUUCAUCUAAAUUACAAAGUAAGGAAUCCAUUGAACAACCAACAAAAGAGCUUCUUUGCUUGGAGAAACUGGAUGUCACAAGGGAUGAUGACAACAAUUUUCAAGAAGACCCUGAAAAACUUGCAGGGAAUUCUGGUGUUUUUCCCUCACCUGUCACAGACAACUUCUUAUUUUUGGAGGGCCCCACAGUAAAACCUAGGGCAAGCCCAACAGAUAGCCUUAUACAUCUGGAAGAAAAAAACAAAGACUCACUAGAAAAACACAAGACUUCAGGUAUGAAGCUAAGUGAUAGAAACAAUAACCAGGAAAGGUCUACUGACCGUAAAUCCAGACUUGAUCAUGUCAAAAGACAACAAGGUAGACUUACAGUCAAGCAAGUCGAAGCAGGGACAAGUGAUAUGAGCUCUUCUAUUCAGAAUUGUGCAACAAGAGCUUUGAGCUGUGUGAGUGUAGCCAGACAACGCAGCUCCUCAAUGGAGGUUCCCCACUGCAGAGACCAGGCAUGUCAAGCUGGCAGUGAAAGUCAGCACUACACCAUCUCAGAAUUCCCACAGAGGAAACCGAAACCUCAGCCUUGUGAGUCAGCAAGAAAGGCUUUCAUUUUGCGAAGCAAGAGUGCAGAUGCAGGACAAGAACAACAUAAGCAUACACAUUCUCCUCUGCACCAAAAGCUUAUUAAGGGUCAAAGGUCCAAAGGACAGUCAAACCCUCCGGGGCACAGUGUUCCUAGCAAAAGGACAAAUCUCAGUAAAACAGAAGGUUCAAGCAAGGGAGCAUUAUCUGAAGUUGAGAAAGAUAAGGACAUUCCAGUAUCAACAAGUUCCAAGUCUUUCAAGAGUGUACAACAGCGCUCUCCCCUUGCCUCCCCUGUGAAGCAUUCAAAGUCAUUUAAAUCUCCAGGGAUCAAUGAAUGUUUAAAGAGCCCAACAAAAUCCCCAUUACAAAUGACUAGACUUAAAUCAAGCAGUGACUCUGUGGAAGAGAGCAUCUAUGACAACUUACCUUGCUCUCCACGUAAACAACGACGCCAAGACCAGCACUGUGAUAUUUCCCGUUCAGAAAUUAGGUCCCCAUCCCCACCACCACUCCCAGGUCGAACAACUUCUCUUCUUCUGAGACCCAGUUGCGACAGCUUACCCAAAGCACAUAAAUCUGCAGGACAGGCUCAAAGCUCCACUACUGGGAAGAUACCAUCAAGCACCACCAAGCCACAGUCAAAUCAGCUUUCUCCUAUUUUACAGCCACAACAAUCUAACACAACAAAAGACAAUCAACAAACAGCCCCACAAAUAGGUGCUGAAGGUAAGCCACAGAAAGAUUUCCCUGCCAAGGUCUACCAUACCCACUCAUCCAAGAUACCACCUGUCCCAGUUCAAGAGUCACAAGCUCCAGAGUCAGUCCAGUUAUCUAUGGACAGAUCUGCCAUGUGCCAUGAUGAGAAUGGUGCCUCCUCUAUAUUGCCAAGCCAGAGCAUCUUACAAAGAUCCCAACAAAGUAUUAGUGAGCCAAAACUUUCAGAAGUCUUGCCUCAUACAUAUUCUAAUGUUUACUAUCAUGGGAUUGCCAAUAAUCUUCAGAGUUCAAGAGCUGUAAAAAUGGCUCUUCCUAUAAAUGCUAAAUCUCAUGAGGCAAUCUCUGGACAGGAAAACAGUACCUUCCUAGUUUUUGGAAGACAGAACAAAGAUGAUACAAACCCUACUACGAAAAGUGUCCAGACCUUUCAGACUUUUACAUGUGAUCCCCAGAUGAUACAUGAACGUAGUGCUAAUGACAAAGCCCGCAGAAAGAUUGAGACCCGCUGUAACUCACUGGAUUCUGAGCCCACUGUUCAACCUGUACCAUCAGACAGCGGAGUGAUGUUAGAUUGGGGAUUUGAUGAGGAAGGUUGGCUGUUUAAACGGUCUGUGUCUGUGUCAACUAGACCUCCCCUUAAGCCAGUAAUGGGCAUGAAUGGGGCCAAGGCUCGUAGCCAGAGUUUUGGUGCACGCUACAUGGACAGGCCAAGUUUCAACAGAUCUGGAAAGGUCCGUACCCAGAUCAAAACACACUCAGGGAGCUCCUUGAACUCUCUUAGUGAUGUCCUUCCAGGAAGUAUGAGUUGCUCCAGUAGCUACCAUUGCCCAAUGAAUCGAUCCCUUUUGAACAACUUCAUGAUUGAAGAGGGCCUGACAGUUCCCUCACAUCUGGGAUCCUCCAGUGAAAGACUUCAAAGUCUUAAACAACAACGAGAGCAGGCUAGGCGCCUUCAGAUUGAGCAACAGUUUUCAAGUGCAUUUGGUGAGCCAGUUUCUGAAGAACCAGAGAGACAAAGUACUAUAACCACAAUUGAAGAGAAAGUGAUGCUUGGAAUAGAGGAGAACUUGCACAAGACUCAGGAACAGGAGAGAACCAUUGAAGUGAAACAAAAAUCUGGCUCAACUUUGGCAAAUUGGUUUGGCUUUCGUAAGAGUAAGCUUCCUGCUCCAAGCAGCAAAAAGAGUGAUCCGUCGAAAGUAAAAGAGGACAAGAGGGAGCAAAAGAUUACAUCGCUCCUGGGAGGAAAGCAGACAAAGUCUGACAAAAAGAAAGACAGAAGAAAAAGCGAUGGAAAAGACUGCUCUGUGGGGAGAAGAGAGUCUCAUGAUGCAGUGCGGGCAUGCAUCUCAAUGCCCUGCCCAGGAAUGUCCCUGAAUGAGAUACAAGGACACAGUGACAUCACUGGGGACCCAAAGAUGCAGAUGGUGAACCUGAGAACUGAUGGUGAAAAUGGAUCCACAGUGAAAAGCCCCAACCAGGAUUCUGUAAUAGGCUUCGGCUGCAAGAUGCGAACGUUGGACAGUGGAAUCGGGACCAUCCCCCUUCCUGAAUCCUGUUCCUUCUUCUCCUCCAUCCUGCACCUCCUCCCCAAAUCCACAUCAACCCCAGAACAGUCCCUCAGUCCUCCUAGUGUCCCUGGUUCCUCCAGCGAGGACGUGUCUCCUUCCCCAUUACCCCGGUGGAGAAUACCCUCCAGCUUUAAGGACAGCAGCCAUGCAGGGAUGCCAAGCUCCCUGUCUGACUCCUCCAUGACCCAUAUCCAGUCAGUGCCUUUCCCCACUGUGGCCUUCCUCCAGCCCAUCCAACCCCAGUCUCAGCCCAUUGUGACCUCUGCCAGUAGGCCUAUGUGUGAUUCCCAGAGCAGGCUACCCAGACCACCACAAGGUGGAUUGGAACCAAAGAAGUUGACCUAUAUCAAAUCGAAAACACGAACUACUCCGAGCCAACAGAAAGAACAGACAAGACUUCAGCUUGCCAACUAACUUAUGAAGCUGAAUGAAUCAAUCUGAAAGGAGGAAUCAAGAAAUCAGUUGGAUUUAUCACUCUUACACACACAAACACACACACACACACACACACACACACGGAGGAUCCCUGAAUCUCCCAGUUUGGACAAUGAGUCUGUGUAUCAGGAUGAAAACGCUCAGAACUGGAAAACAAGUGAGCUUGGCAUUGCAGGCUUCCACCUGUGCUCAGUGUAGUGUGGAGAUACUGAGUAGCCUUUCAGAUGUAGUAAUGAACCUUCUGGCAGCCAUUUUGGAGGUCUGGCAUCAGCUGUGAGCAGAUGAGUAAAUGUUUAAAUGUACAACAACUCUGCUGUCUCACAGGGCGGGAGUUAAACACACAUGGUUAUUUUUUUUGCUGUUUCUUCCCCCCUAGGAGAAGUACAAUUUAUGCAAACACAUAAACAGUAUUUGUUUUUUAAUAGCAGGUUAGCUAAUGUAGCACUUUCAUGGCUACCUGGAACCAUCAACAUCUUAUUAACAUCUGAGUUGCACACAAGCUAGUACUUGGCUUGGUUUGAGCUAAUAUUAUUGGCCAGGUUUCUUGGAACCAGUGUAUUUGGACAAGAGUGUGGAGCUGAUUGAGGUCGCCCUGGUAGCAACUGGUCAGUCACAAGCAUACCCUGCUUUGUCUAUUUUACUCUAAAUGAGACCAUAAUUUACUAAAUGAACAACAUGUUGUAUGUAAGAAGACUUGACACUAGCAACUGAGACCAUAAACUCAUUAGGAAAGUGUUUACUGAGUUAUUAAGUCAAGUGUUUUGUCGAGACAUUUUCUCAUAGACUGGCCAUAACAAAGAAUGCAGGUUUAAGACUCUUCCACACUGGCUGCAGAUUUCAGACCCAGAAGCUUCGUCCACUACUUAAUAUACAGGCUAUGUGUACAACUAGUAAUAGUACCGAGAAGAAUUUAAGACAAGAAGACAAUUUACAAUUUACUGGGGUGCAGUGACCUGGAUGCAAAAACUGAACUUACUAAAUGGAUCUAGUGUUCAGCCCCCAUCAUUAAAAAUUCUAUUUCUCACAUUGCUCAUUACUAUGUGGACAUUAUCAAGGAUUUUGUUUGCACACAGAAACACAUUCAACCUAUUUCCAACAUUUUGUAACCUGUUGGUAAAAAUAAAUGCAUUUACUAAGUUUGACCACUAGUAGAUGGAAAAAAUACAUAUCAUUUUUUUUAUUACAUUUAAGCCAAAAUAAUAAUAUUAAUAUUCCCUAUUCUUUUUCUUUCUUUUGGUCUCCACCACUUCUUUAACCUGCUAGCUGCUUUGACUGCAUGAGCUUUGUCAAUGAGUGCAAUCAGUUAGCUUACAGUGGGUUUCUGUGGUGGCUCCAGUUCACCAUCAGACCUCCAUAAUGGCACCAGUUGUGGUCACUUUUAGACACUGAGAGACCUCCACUAAAAUCUUGCUGAACAAAGAUUAUUUAGCCACAUUCCUUUGUAUUUCCAGACAUUUUAUUAAAUGUUUAUGUGAAGAUCUAAUUCUGCUUGAGAGCUAAUAAAUAUCUAAGCUAGAAUAAUUAUGUCAGUGAUAUAUUUUUGAGCAAACCAUAAGAAGGUACCUUGAGAGUACAAACUAUGACGUCCAUCCUGAAGACUUUGAUGUACAGCACUAACUACUGAAUGCCAUUCAUGAGCUCUAUACCUGACUGAGUAAUGUGAUUCUUUAAAGUGUGCACUAUCUUGUUGGAAACCCUUUUUUUAUUGUCACGUUGUUAAACUUGCAUGCAGCCACCCUUGGACUUAUUUUAACCAGAGAAAUGCAUCCCAAGAAUCUGAUAUAUGAAGACUUUCAUCACAAGAGGUGGAAAAUACUGAUGUGUGAAAAUUUAAUGUGCACUUUUUCGGUCUUUUAAAAAUACCAUCCAUGGUGACUGACUUCCACACCUGUUGUCAUUUUAAAAAAGUGUUACAUUUUGCAAGUCUCAUCUUGUAAUGAAACUCCUCAUAUGUGAACUGCAUUUUGUACGUUUCCACAGUUAUGACAUCAAGACAAAGCAGUGAGUUUUGCAUGUAACCUUAGUUAUAAAGCACCUACUGUAGUAAGCACAUUGUGGACAUUGUUGUGCUAGCUCAGGGAAAAUACCAUUUAUUGUCUCUGAUAGAUGCUGUGGAUUUAAUAAGUAAACCUCAACUUAAACAUCUCAUUGCAGUCAGUUAACGCACCAGAUUUCACUGUAACGGUUUAAUGAUAUUACCUGAACUCAAUAUUCUCCUCUUGUCAGUUUUUGUCUGUACAUUUAACUGUAAGAUAUCGCACCACGGUUGCUCAGUUUCUCUCUCUAUUAUGUAUGCUGUGUCCUUUAUAGUAAUGUUUUCGGUGUUUUUGAAUGCAUCCCAGCAUAUUUGACGGUUUUAGCUGCUUUGCGAUGUUUCUCUCCCUCACACCUUUGUCAGCUCCCUCGCCUCUUGUGUGUAGAUAUUUGCCAAAAUGCAUAUUGCCAAACACAUCUCUGAGCUAAAUCACAUAUACAGAAAAUGAAUGCAACUGAAUCUACAUAUCAGACUUGUCAUGGUGACUAUAGCCAUAUUCUUUUGAAACACUAGAGACAGUUUACAGUUUCACGUGAUGUAGAACUAUGGAGCACUGUAAUAUUGCACAAUAUCAUUAGUCAUGUCAUCUUACUGUAUUUACCUCUUCUUUAAAUCACUUGCUACAUGUCUAUGUUGAAGGUUAUAUCUGUCAAAUUAAAGUCAGUGGAAACACACAGGUUUAAUAAAUGAAAUAUGUAGCGUACACAGGUAAGACAAGGUGAUAAUGGAUCAGGGAACAGAUUGGCUGUACUGAUACGGGUAGAUGGAGCAUGGCGUCUGUGUUUUUAAAAUGGCUCACAUAAUGAAGAGCGUCACUCUCACAAGAGUAUUGUAUUUUUUUAACAUUUACUCUAAUGCCCUGUAUUUGUACUCAGCACUGAUGAGUGUAAUUUACCAUUUAUUGCACAUAUUGUUACUCACUAUUGCAGUUAUUCUCCUUCUAAAUGUUUUUUUUUCAGAACCCGAUAAUAACAGUGAUGUUCUUGUGUGACAGUCACCUUAGCAGUACGAAUUGAGAAUUGUAUAUUGC